UGUAGUGGGUGAACAGACCCAGCUGGAGAUCUCCACACGUGUGCCAGGCUCCUACUGUGUGCAAGUGGCUGCAGUCACUGGUGCUGGGGCUGGAGAGCCCAGUAGCCCUGUCUGCCUCCUUUUAGAGCAGGCCAUGGAGCAGUCAGCCAGAGACCCCAGUAAACAUGCUUCCUGGACCCUGGAUCAGCUGAGGGCCACAUUAAGACGACCAGAAGUCAUCGCCAGUUGUGCUGUCCUGCUCUGGGUGCUGCUACUAGGCAUUGCUGUGUGUGUCUAUAGACGGCGCAAAGCUGGGGUUCACCUGGGCCCAGGUCUGUACAGAUACACCAGUGAGGAUGCCAUUUUAAAACACAGGUGAGAGGCCAAAAGGGAAUCCCUAGGAAGGGCAGGGUGAGUCUCGUCAGAGAAUGAGAUGGAAUUUAGUCUACCCUCCUGCCAGACAGUAC